UCUGACACCCUACUUGUCAGCAAACAAAGAAACGCAAAAGACUUUUAUCAUCUCUCAGUUGCAAGUUUGUGAUAGUAUCCCACACCCAAAAGAUCAAAAUUCCAAAAAACCCUCUCGCUAUCUCUCAAGAAGACGCAGUAAACUGGUGGAGAGAGAAAACCCAAUUACAGAUAAUGGUAAAAUAAAGAAGAAAACCCCCCCAACACCCAAAACGAUAAAGCAAUCGGAUCAAGAAACUGUCACUCGUCUAUUUCAACCAACUACAGUGAAAUGCACAAAAUCUGCUCACAAUUCUCUGCGAAAUUCGUUACGGAGCACAUGUUUGUGAGUGGAAUAAUCUUGAGGGACACAAAAGUGUUUGUGAAGGGUAACAAUUAUUAGAAAGUUUUAGGCAUCAUUUGGCAUAAGAUAAGAACUAGAAGAUGGCCUCUGCUAGCCUUGGACAUGGGGGAGUUGGGAGUUCAAGAACAGUUAGUGGCUUUAAUGAAUCAUCUAGUGCUGCAGUUGAUCGAUUGGGGAGGGGAAUGCUUGAAAUGCGUAUUAGAGACAAAGUGGAACGUGAUGAUGACAAAGUCAGUGAUAGUGAACCAGUGAUGAUACAUGGGGCGGGUACAGAAGCUGGACAUGUGAUAAGAACAACAACCGGAGGGCGUAAUGGUCAACCUGAACAGACUGUGAGCUACAUAGCAGAGCAUGUGAUUGGGACUGGCUCUUUUGGUGUUGUUUUUCAAGCUAAAUGCAGAGAGACAGGGGAAAUUGUGGCAAUUAAGAAAGUUCUUCAAGACAAACGUUACAAGAACAGAGAGCUGCAAAUCAUGCAAAUGUUGGAUCAUCCAAAUGUUGUGGCAUUAAAGCAUUCUUUCUUUUCAACCACUGAAAAAGAGGAGCUUUACCUCAAUCUUGUUCUUGAUUUUGUUCCUGAAACUGUUAGUCGAACUGCAAGGCAUUACACUAGGAUGAACCAACGAAUGCCAUUGAUAUAUGUCAAAUUGUAUACCUAUCAGAUAUGCAGGGCACUUGCAUAUAUUCAUAAUUGUAUUGGGAUAUGUCACCGUGACAUCAAACCACAGAAUUUACUUGUGAAUCCACACACACAUCAGCUGAAACUUUGCGACUUUGGAAGUGCUAAAGUUCUAGUGAAAGGAGAGCCGAAUGUUUCAUAUAUCUGUUCAAGAUAUUAUCGUGCCCCAGAGCUGAUAUUUGGUGCCACUGAAUAUACAACAGCCAUAGACAUAUGGUCAACAGGUUGUGUCAUGGCUGAACUACUACUUGGACAGCCUCUGUUUCCUGGAGAAAGUGGUGUUGAUCAAUUGGUUGAGAUUAUCAAGGUUUUGGGAACACCUACAAGAGAGGAGAUAAAGUGUAUGAAUCCAAACUACACUGAGUUCAGGUUUCCUCAAAUUAAGCCUCAUCCAUGGCACAAGGUUUUUCAAAAGCGAUUACCUCCUGAAGCAGUGGAUCUUGUUUGUAGGUUUUUUCAGUAUUCACCCAAUUUACGCUGCACUGCUUUGGAAGCAUGUGUCCACCCCUUCUUUGAUGAAUUGCGGGACCCAGCUACCCGUCUUCCCAAUAAUCGUCCCCUUCCUCCACUCUUUAAUUUUAAACCACAAGAGCUUGCUGGCGUUCCAAGAGAGACUGUUCACAGGCUUAUCCCAGAGCAUGCUCGGAAACAAAACUUGUUCAUGGCUUUAAACAUUCAGUGAAUUUGGACUAUUUUAGUGUCUGCACCAAUAUGUUACUUGCUUCUUAUUACUUGUAUGUUAUUGUUACAUAUGAGCUUGUUGUUAUGAUAUGAGGCUGAGUUGGGUAUAGAAA